ACCGAUGAAGCGAGACAGUUGCGACGUGCAUCACGUCCAUCUCUCAGACACACCUGAUUAAUCAACAAAAGCAGCGGACACCUCAAGACUUACUAUCAUUUUCCUUUAACGUUCAUCCAUGCGAUUCUUCAGGCUUACCUUCAAGUGCUUUGUCGACUGCUUCUGAGUCCCACGUUUUCAACGUCUGUCUGCGACGCACUGAAAAUAACCCAUAUUGGAUUGUAACCUGACAAAAUCUUAAAUAUAGCCGACGAUCAAUUUAUACCUUAUCCCAAGACGACAGAUACCACCCAGAGAAAACGUUAGCCAACCUAAAACUGAAGAACUGAAAAACGCGUCAGUUUCUGAGACGCUAACAACCAUUCCAUUCAUUAAAUCAUUGGACUAAACGUUAGCCCUACGCUAUUUAAUCAGCGCAACAUGUCGCCUGAAGUGGGGGAGCAAAUACCAAGGGAUGUUGGGUUCUCCAAGGUAGAGGGGAUGGAGAUGGGUGGCGAUGAGGAGGAGGAGGGGGAGCUCGGCCACCCACUGGUCACCGGGCUGGGCUUGUGCGCCAGCGACACCUGUGACACCGGCCCGGGGACGGCGGCGGUGGCGAUCCCCGUCCACCCCAUGUGCACCUGCGGAGGCGGAGGCGGCGUGUGCGUCUGCGAGGGCCCGGGCGGCCCUCUGGUUCCGGCGGACCGCCAGACGUGGAGCAGACAGAUGGACUUCAUCAUGUCCUGCGUGGGAUUCGCCGUCGGCCUCGGCAACGUCUGGAGGUUCCCCUACCUCUGCUACAAGAACGGAGGAGGUGUGUUCCUGAUCCCAUAUGCUCUGAUGGUGAUUGUCGGGGGGAUUCCUGUGUUCUUCCUGGAGAUCGCCCUGGGCCAGUUCAUGAAGCAGGGAGGCGUCUCAGCCUGGAACAUCGCCCCUCUCUUUAAAGGGCUGGGUCUGGCCUCCAUGGUGAUUGUGUUCUUCUGCAACACCUACUACAUCAUGAUCCUGGUGUGGGGGCUCUACUUCCUGCUGCACUCGUUCACCUCGCCGCUGCCCUGGGCCUCGUGCGGCCACCCCUGGAACACGCCCAACUGCACGCAGGACUUCCGCCGCGCCUGCUACAACCACACGCUGGCCCUGCUCAAUUCCUCCUCUUCCACCUCCUCCUCCUCCUCCUCCUCCUCCUCCGCCACUUCCUCUUCCCCGUCCUCCCUUCCUCUGUCCUCCGCGGCCAACUUCACCGCCCUGGUGGUCGGGAAUGGGAGCUGUGUGGAGAUGGAGGGCAUGCGCUCGCCCGUCAUGGAAUUCUGGGAACGGAAUGUGCUGCGUCUGUCACGGGGGCUGGACGAUGUGGGUGACAUCAGUGGUCACAUGGUGCUUUGUCUUAUUGCCACGUGGGUCAUCGUCUACUUCUGUAUCUGGAAGGGUGUGAAAUCCACUGGCAAGGUGGUGUAUUUCACAGCGCUGUUUCCCUACCUGGUGCUUGUCGUCUUGUUUGUGCAUGGUGUGUCUUUGCCUGGAGCUAUGGAUGGGAUUGUAUACUACCUGAAACCAGACUGGAGCAAGCUGACUGAAGCACAGGUAUGGAUUGAUGCUGGCACCCAAAUCUUCUUCUCAUAUGCUAUUGGACUUGGAGCCCUCACGGCUUUGGGCAGCUACAAUCGCUUCAACAACAACUGCUACCAGGAUGCCUUUGUCCUGGCCCUCAUUAACAGUGGGACCAGCUUCUUUGCGGGCUUCGUGGUGUUUUCUGUGCUGGGCUUCAUGGCUGCGGAGCAGGGAGUGGACAUCAGCCGCGUGGCCGAGAGCGGUCCCGGCCUGGCGUUUAUCGCCUACCCCAAAGCGGUGACUCUGAUGCCGCUGGCUCCGCUGUGGGCCGUGCUCUUCUUCUUCAUGCUCCUGGUGCUGGGACUGGACAGCCAGUUUGUUGGGGUGGAGGGCUUCAUCACCGGUCUGAUGGACAUGCUGCCUCCCAAGUCAGCGCUGGGCCGCUUGCGGCGCGAGGUCAUCGUAGCGAUAUGCUGCGCCAUCUGCUUCGUCAUCGACCUCUCCAUGGUGACGCAGGGAGGGAUGUAUGUGUUCCAGCUGUUUGACUACUACUCGGCCAGUGGGAUGACCCUUCUGUGGCAGGCCUUCUGGGAGUGUGUGGUGGUGGCCUGGGUCUACGGAGCUGAUCGUUUCAUGGAUGACGUGGCACGGAUGAUUGGCUAUCAUCCUCUGCCCUACAUGAAGUGGUGCUGGUCGUACUGCACACCCUUAGUGUGCAUGACCAUUUUCCUGUUCCACGUGGUGAACUACAAGCGGCUGGUGUACAACGGCGUGUAUACCUAUCCCUGGUGGGGCGAGGCCAUCGGCUGGGGUCUGGCUCUCUCCUCCAUGCUCUGCAUUCCUCUCACCGUCCUCUACAAACUGCUCCACUGCAAAGGCUCUCUCCCAGAGCGCUGGCAACACUUGACGACACCCAUCUGGGGACGUCAUCACCUGGAGUUCCUCCCACCUGAGAACGAGACCAAACUACUGCCCAACUCAGAGCAGAGCAAAAACACACUCCUGUAUGAAACUGUCAUCUAGCACUAACACUAACUAACACACACACACACACACACACACACACACACACACACACACACAUCUAUGUCCAUGGUCCGAUCCUGAUUAGGUCUCCAAGACUACCAUACACCACUCUUGACUUAUGUUUGAGUGAGGAUAUGUCAAGCGUCCAAUUACAUACACUCACACAGACACGCGCCCGUGCACACACACACACACACACACACACGCACACACAUGCACACGCACACACACGCACACACGCACACACAUACACAUCCCAUCGUAUUGGCACUUAUCUGUCCAUUCACAAGAGCAUAAAUAUCCAUCCCUGAGGGAUGAGAAUGAAGCUUCUCUCCAUCUCAGUAUUGCAUUAGUGUUACUCUUCUUCCAAACCUCUCUCUCUCUCUCUCUCUGCACUCUUUUCACUGCCGUCCAUAAAGAGACUGUAAACAGAACAGUUGCUAUUCUAUGAUCUCCUUUAAUUCAACCAAAAAGAAAGCAUACAACUAAUUAAACAGUCAAGACGGUGACCAAAGCCUUGCCCAUGCCCAUGGCUGUGAGCUGUGUGUGUCCGGUGUUGUGUUGUGUUGUGUGUGUCCGUAUCAGUAUUGAUCCCAUGUGGUCCCCACUGUGUGUUGUGAUCAGCCUGGGAGGGGGCCAGCAGGCUGACUCAUACAAAAGUCAUUAAAUGAUUUCAUGGAUUUGA